AGGCCCGUGGCGCUCAGUGGGCUGUGGGGCCCUUCCAAGCCGGCGCGCGCCCGCUCCGCUCCCCGCCCACAGCCGCACUUCCGCGGUCGGGGGCGUUCCGGAGCCCAGGCGUCUGAGUCGCCCGGCGCCUUCUGUUCGGUCAGUGGCGUGAGCGUCUCGCCGUGGCGUGUCGUCCGCGCCGCUCGGCCAGUUGUACGCCCGUGCGCUCGCCCGGCCGGCCGGCCUGCGGAGCUCUCGCCCGUGUCCCCCGGCUGGUCCGGGGCGUCCGGGCACCGCCUCGACGGCGGCUCCGCCGGACGCGCGGACUGGACCGCAGCCCGCACCCCGCACCCCGAGCGGACGGCGUCAUGAGGCACCUGCCGUACUUCUGCCGCGGCCAGGUGGUGCGGGGCUUCGGUCGCGGCUCCAAGCAGCUGGGCAUCCCUACAGCUAACUUUCCUGAACAAGUAGUAGAUAAUCUUCCAACUGAUGUAUCCACUGGCAUAUAUUAUGGUUGGGCCAGUGUUGGAAGUGGAGACGUCCAUAAGAUGGUGGUGAGCAUAGGAUGGAACCCAUACUACAAGAAUACAAAAAAGUCCAUGGAAACUCACAUCAUGCAUACUUUCAAAGAGGACUUCUAUGGGGAAAUUCUCAACGUGGCCAUUGUCGGCUACCUCAGACCAGAAAAGAACUUUGAUUCUUUAGAGUCACUUAUUUCAGCAAUUCAAGGUGAUAUUGAGGAAGCUAAGAAACGACUAGAUUUACCAGAACAUUUGAAACUCAAAGAAGACAAUUUCUUCAAGGUUCCUAAAAGCAAAGUAAUGAAUGGCCACUAAAGGAAAAGCAUCUUAUUUAUUCAUUCACUGUUUUCUACUAUUUUACUGCUCAUAACUCUACAGUCUCAUCUUGGUUAUAUUUUAAAAAUCAAACAUUUUCCUACAGCUGUGAAUUAAACAGUACAAUGUAGUUACCAUAUUAUGUUCCAACUGUUCAAUUAAACCCAUCAUGUUACAGUACUAAAAAGGUUCAUUUUAAAAAUCAAGAUUCUUUUUUAUGUAAUAUGUUGAUUAAAAUGUACUACUAGAAAGGUCUUAAGUGUUUUAUAAUGGAAAUGGAAUAUAUAUAAAUAUGGGUAACAGGCUAGUCACUAGUUUGAGAUGAGAACUAUAAUUCUCAUGGUAAAAUUCUAGCAUGCAUGUACCUGUAUAGCAUGCUCUGCUAAUCAGAAGGCUCAUAAAAGUAACUAUAUUAAGCGGAGGUUUGACAGUUUAUUACAAACCUAAGGGGAAAAAAUCCAGACUUCGUAUUUUUGAUAUUGUGUGCAUUUAUAUAUUAUUAUAGACAUGAAGACUUGUGAAAUUUCAUUUUAGUUAGUCAUUUCCUUUAAGGGCUCAAAUCAUUGUACUGUGUUCCAUUUUUGUUACAGCUGCCUCAGUUCUAAUUGGUCUAGACUCUCUCCCUAUUAUUUUUUUGUUUUUCUUUUAAAACAGUAAAAUGAGUGUUUUUCGAAUCUCUAGUUCUCAUUUUUGUGUUGUAUAACACUUCUCUCUUUUUAAGAGUAGAUAUUCUUCAACAUUUUUCUUAACCUUUGUUUCCUGUAAACAGUUGUCAGUGUCAGUUCUUCCAUUUAGAAUAUCCAACUUUACAUUUACAAAAUGUAGAGUUUCAUCUGCGUCUGUAUCUGCCAUCCCAUCGCUUCACUAUAUGAACAGUGAUUAAGUGCAUGUCUCUUGCAUUUUAGAAAAAAUACCCAAAUGUUCAUCUGUAGGUUUCCUCAAAGUUUAAACGAACACCUAGCAUUUCAUUUAUAUAUACCAGUUUCUUAAACAACACAAAAUACUUGUUCCCCGCCCCCCCCCCACAGGGAAACUAUUUAAGAGCCAACUAAACUAUGAAAUACAAAGUUAUUUGUUUUUAAUGUGACUAUAUGUUCCUGAGCAAAUGCAGACUGUUGUAGUUGUGUGUGCACAAUGUAAUUUAAGGCUAAAGAGUGCUAUCUAGAAGAUAAUUUUAAAGAUAACUCAUUAUAAAACCAUUUUCCCCUAAUCUGCAUAAAUGAGAACUGAUUUUAACAAAACUGUUUAUAUAGUAUUUAGAAGAACUAAUGUUGGAGAAGGGGGAAGCAGGAAUAAAUUCAGUUGGAUUGUUUUGACUUUUUGGUGUAUGAAUUUAUGGCAAACAAUGUAGUAUAUGUCUUUUUCAUUUCUUCUUUAAAGAAAUACUUAGAAAAUGUAAUUUAAUGUUAGAAAUCCUGUACUUGAAAGAAGCCUCAAUUAUCAGUGGUUCUAUGAAACAAAGUUAAAAACAUGGAAAGUGUAAAAAAGAUUUGUGUUUGAGUAGCUUGUGACUGAUUGUGUCCUCAUUAAGUGUGAAAAUUCUUUGAUAUUGUCACCUUACAUUUUGUUAAAUAACUAUUGCUUUUGAAAAGCCUAUAGUAUGUGGUUUAGGAGUUAGUUAAUAGUGUCUACAUUUUUUUAAGUUAUAUAUAUAUAAAGUAUUUAUAUAUUAUAAGAAAUUGCAGUAGGGCCAUUUUCGAUUAGUCAGUGUUUUCAGGCCCUGAAGUAAAUCUUGACCAAGUGAUGUUUCUUCUUUUUUUGUGUCAGUUUGAAUCUUUUGCUUUGUCUAUAUAAAUUCCUGAUUUGUUGGUUGAUGGUUACUGGUUACUGUAAGGUGUGUUAGAGGCCCUGAAUAGUGAGUUACAGGCAGCAGCUACAGGGAGAACCUGGCCAGCAGCAGUGGUUCUGCAAACAGAGGCCUUGCCUUUUCCGUCCUUGUAGGUUAGGUCUGAGUACCCUUCCAUAACCCCUGCUCCAAAACAGCGUUUUGUAACCCUCAUGACUUGUGCCACCAACCCCCUCGCAGUGACUUGGGACUCUUGCCUCUCUCUACUACAUGGAGAAGCUCACAGUGGCUCUUUCAACACUUCAUCACCAGUGCUGUCAAUUAUGGAGGCUUAAAGCCUAGCAAUUAGGGCUGUAACACGGUUCUGAUCAGGGAGAUGUAAGCAGAAGUCUACUUGGAGUUUAUGAGGACAGUUCUGCUUCCCUGGUGAAAGUGCUAGCCUUUUCCUGUUCUCUUCUUACCUGGAAAAUGGAUGGAGGCUGAUAGAGGAGAACCAAUCUGACCUUCUGGGACUGAGCUAGGAAAUAAAUCUACCCUAUAGAAAGAGAUGCCAUCAUAAGCAAGAGUUAGCAGAAACAAAUUACAGAAUAAGCUCUACAAAGAUGACGGAUAUGGGGAUUAUCAGAUAGAGAACUUGAAAUCACUGUAUAAUAUGUGUAAAGAAAUAAGUGUCAAAAAUGGGAAAGUAACAAGGUUCUAUAAAAAAUUGGGCAGAUUUACGAAUUGUCAAAAUAGAAUUUAUAUUGAUGAAAAAAUAAUUGAAAUUUAAAGCUCAGUGGACAGGAUAAGUACAGGUUAGACACAGUUGGUGAGCUGUGAGAUCUGACAGUCUGUGACUGUGCUCUCAUAAACCUAUUGUCUAUUCACUCCAAAUUCGCUUCCCAUGCUUUUUGUAAUGUGGCUGUGACUUAACACUUCUUUGACAGUUGGCUUCCUUUUGGGUCAAGUCAUACAUGGACGUUGAGCCCUAGCUUGUGUCAGAGGCAGCUCAGUUCUUGGACUUGCCCCUGUGCUUACUUUCCCUGUUCCUGAGUGUGUAUUUGGGAUAGACAUACCUGACAACUGACGGAAUCCCCACUUUGGUUCCCUGACUGAAACAAGGGCCAAGUAGAAGCCAGAAUAGUAAAGCAAGUCAGUACUACAUCUCUGGGGAAAUUGCCAAGUGCCGUCAUUAAAAAUACAGAAAGAAAACAAGCAAAAAAAAAAAAAAAA